GAAUUGAAAAUACUGCUUGAAGCAGACCAUAUAAAGAAAUCAUUUGGGCCACUUGUAAAAGAACUAGAUAAGGUACUUAAUUCAUUAGGAGUACAAAGACAAGCAUACCACGGGAAAAGUUUUGUUGGUAAUCAUGUUAACAAAAUGUUAAAGGAGAAAAGUAUUCUUGAACUUUGCAACUCCAUACCAAACCUUGUAGUCGAACUUGGGUUCAAUGACACUAAUAUACACAAAGAAACUAUUGAAAUUUGUAAAAACUUCAAGGUACUCUUCUCUAAAUUUGGAAUUUGUCACAAGCUUAUUAACUCCUGCAAUCAGUUCAAUGAAGAUAAGAAACAGGACCUUGAAAAUCAAAUCAAAGAUUUCAUGAAGUACUUUCGUGAAAACUGGCCAAACGCUUCAAUCACACCAAAGCUUCAUAUCCUGUACUAUGCAUUACCUUUCAUUAGAAAAUGGGGAGUAGGACUAGGUACUUAUGGAGAGCAAGGUGGAGAAAGUAUUCAUGCUGAAAUCAACCGUAUGAAGAGUAUCUACUGCCAUAUGAAAGGAGUAGGUAGAUUAAGAAGCAUAAUGAAUGAGCAUUUCAUAAAAAACAACCCAACUGUAAAAAAAUACCAAAAAAAAGCUCAACCAAGAAAAAGAAAAUUGUAGAUACUAAAAAUAAUCCGAUAAAAUACUGCAAAAUGAUUUACAGAUAAUAAAUGGCAGUAAUAAAGCCUCCAUAAUAUUUCUGUCAGCAUUUUUAACCUUUUAAAAAAAACGAAAAUUUACCAAUCUUUAAAAGCAUUAUAUUAUCACAAAAAAAAGUAACCGGUUUUUGAUUUUUGCUUUAAAUGAUUCACAAACUAUUAUAUUUUCAAAAAAAAAUUGAGGUUGUCACUAAAAAAUUUAAAACUUUAGAAUAUAGACUAUAAUGUAAGCACAGGUUAAACUUCGCCUAAAAAAUAGCUAAGUUUUAAUUUAGUCUUACUUCUAUUCUCUUUGUAAAAUUAUUUAAAUGAUAGCUUUGAUGACACAUACCAUACCUAAAGUAUUGUUUUAAUAUCAUUUCUUAUAGGCAAUUUAGAAAUAUCUACAAAUAAAUCUAAUUUAAAGUUUAGACAACUCUAUUAGUAGUUUUCUGUUUACUUGCGAACAUUAUUGUUUACCAACAUUUGAAUAAAAUAUAGCGCGUGCGCAUAAUAAAUGUCUAUUACUAAACCACCGUGUGGGAACUAAUAUUUCAGGCGGAUCUAAUAUUCUACUACAUAUUUCCUCUGAAGCAGAAAACCUUUUAAUUAAAGUCUAUAAAAUUUAUACAUGAUAUCAUAUAUUUGCAAAGCAAAUAUUAAACAUAACUUACAUUUUGUAUAUUUAAAUAUACAAUUUUUGUAAGCUUAUUAAUUUGUACAAUAUUUUUUCAUCUAAAAGAUUUAAGUUGUAAGUAAAACUUUAAAGAUUUAGUAUUUUACUAAUUUGAAUUAUGCAUAAACUAUUUACUUCUUCAUAAUUCAGACAGUUGAUUUGAUAUUGUUGUUAAACAGUAGCUGGCCAAAUUAUUUGUAUGUAUAAAUAUAAUGUAUGUAUAAAUAUAAAAAUAACUUGCUGCCAAAAGUGUUUUCUGAUAUUUUUACAUCAAUAUUUUUACAAAAAUACAAUCUUCGUUCAAAUAACAACCAUAGCUAUCACUUGAGCAUAGUGGAAUUGCAAGUGUCGAAAUUCUCAAUUAUUAACCAAGGCCUGUCAUUAUGGAAUCAAUUAAAAAAACAAUAUAAAAAAUUUGAAAAGCACUUUCUCUUUUAAACAACAAAUGAAACUGCAUCUCUUUAAUUUCUGACAUAUUUGAAAGUAUGUUUGUAUAUGUGUGUGUUUUUAUGGGUAUAUGUAUAUAUGAGUAUAUAUGUAUAUAUGAGCUUUUCUUUAUUCUUCACAGAGUAUUUAACAGAUGAAAUAUUUAUUGUAAAUUUUCUAAAGCCAUGUGGGCUUUAAAUGAUAUUGUGAAGGGGCUCUAUGAAAAGAUUGUGGUGACACCAGUUAUCCCCUGUCUGUUUUAUAUAUAUUCUUUGUGUAAUGUAAAAGUUUCAUUGUAAUUUUAUUAUUUUAUUUUUAUAUAAACAUCAAAAUAUAUUUAAAAAAAUAUAUUUAAUAUAAGCUUGUUACUGUUUUAGUAUAAGUUUGAGUUCUAAAAAAAUUAUGUAAAUUUUUUUACUUAUUAGUGUUUGUUAUUGUUAUCAUAGGUCUUUCAAAUAAAUUAGUAUUAAUAAAAAUAAAAUAAAGCUCCAAAUUUUUUAUACAAGAUUUUUUUUGCAGGAUUUUUAUGUUGUGGUAACUUAUCUCCAGAAUAAGUUAUCAGCAAAAAAUGUGUUUUUUCACGUUUUUAAAAAGAUCAUUGAAUGUGGAUUAAUUCAAUGUUUUUUUAUGUUUUUUUUUUUUUUUUUUUUUAAUGUUUUAAAAAU